CCGUACCACGCGGGGAUGAGCGGGUCGAGGGCCAUGGCGAACGGCGGCGGUGCGCGGGUGCUGGGGUUCCCUGUGGCUCAGUCCAGGGGCACGCCCGUGUCGUUUGGGCAGGCCGCGGCGGUGUGUUCUGCCGAGGUGCCGCAUUUCGAGCUGCGGGAAGACCCCUCCUUCUGGAUGGACAACAAUGUGCAGGUCGUCAUCCGUGUCCGCCCGCUAAAUAAUAUGGAGAAAAAUGCGCAUGGUUAUAAUCGGUGUUUGAAGCAAGAAAGUGCUCAGCGUGUCACAUGGAUUGGUCAGCCAGAAACCCUCUUUACGUUUGACCAUGUUGCUUGCGAAGGAGUGAACCAGGAUGUGCUUUUCCGUGUUGCUGGCUUGCCAAUGGUUGAGAACUGCAUGGCUGGAUACAACAGCUGUGUCUUUGCUUAUGGACAGACUGGAAGUGGAAAAACAUACACGAUGCUUGGCGAAAUCAGUGAUCUGGAAGUGAGGCCUAGCUCAGAACGUGGAAUGACACCACGUAUUUUCGAGUUCUUGUUUGCCAGGAUCAGAGCGGAGGAAGAGAGCAGGAGGGAUGAAAAACUUAAGUACAACUGCAAAUGUUCUUUUCUUGAGAUUUACAAUGAACAAAUUACAGAUCUUCUUGAUCCUUCAUCCACAAAUCUCCCUCUCCGAGAAGAUAUAAAUGGAGUCUAUGUAGAAAAUCUGACUGAACUUGAAGUAGGCUGUGUCAGUGAUAUAAUAAAACUUUUGAUGCAGGGUUCUAUGAAUAGGAAAGUGGCUGCUACAAAUAUGAAUAGCGAGAGCAGCCGCUCUCACAGUGUGUUCACAUGUAUUAUCGAGAGUAGGUGGGAGAAAGAGUCUACGACUAACUUACGGUUUGCAAGACUGAACCUAGUUGAUCUUGCUGGGUCAGAAAGGCAGAGGACAUCUGGUGCCGAAGGUGAGCGGCUGAAAGAAGCUGCUAAUAUUAACAAAUCGCUCUCGACAUUGGGUCUUGUGAUAAGGAACUUAGUGGAUCUUACAAAUGGGAAGCAAACACAUGUUCCUUAUAGGGAUUCCAGAUUAACGUUUCUUCUCCAGGAUUCGCUUGGUGGAAACUCCAAGACCAUGAUCAUCGCAAAUGUCAGCCCUUCAUUGUGUUCCGGCAAUGAAACACUCAGUACCCUAAAGUUUGCUCAGCGUGCAAGGCUCAUUCAAAACAAUGCGGUUGUGAAUGAAGAUGCUUCAGGAGAUGUUCUAGCAUUGCAACAUCAAAUCCGUCUCCUAAAGGAGGAGCUAGCUGUCGUCAAGCGCCAACGUGUUACUAGAACGUUACCAUUCACUACUGAUAUUUGUGGAAGAUCCGGUGGUAAUGCUGACGAUGGUGCUGAUCAUAUGAGUGUGGACGAGGAUAUUUACAGUGAUGCCCAUAACAUACAGUCUUUGCAAGAUGUAAGAGUUUCAAAUAAUCAGAGAUCACUGGAAGAAGCACUAGGAGGAGCAUUACGAAGAGAAUCAAUGGCAGAAACUGCAGUAAAGCAACUUGAAGUUGAAAUUGAGCAGUUGAACCGAUUGGUUAGUCAAAGAGAGGAGGAUACAAGGUGUGCUAAGAUGACUCUGAAAUUUCGAGAAGAUAAGAUUCACCGGAUGGAAGCUCUUCUUCAUAACAAAUUGCCAGAAGAAUCAUAUCUACUGGAAGAUAACAAAACUUUGUCACAAGAAAUAGAAUUGCUUCGUACAAAAGUCGACAAAAAUCCGGAAGUAACCCGUUUUGCACUUGAAAAUAUUCGUUUAUCAAACCAACUCAAGAGGUACCAGAAGUUCUGUAAUGAAGGGGAGAGGGAGGUUCUGUUGGAUGAAGUUUCCAACCUUCGAAAUCAGGUCUUGCAAAUACUUGAGGAGAGGGUACUAACUGGGCACAAAAAUUACAUUUCAGACAAGUUUGAGGACACAGAACAACUUCGCUCCAAUUUAGUGAGUGAGCCUGAAAGUUUACCUACAGAGUUGAGAAGGACCUGUCAAGAGUUGGAAACCUGCAGGAAUGAGCUGCAAGGUUGCUUAGAAUCAAAUGAAAAACUAAUAAGGGAAAUAACUGAUCUGCAAAACGAAUUGAGUACCAUCAAAUUGACAAAGAGGGAGGAAUGCUGUAGUUCAUCUGAGUGUCAUUCUCAUGCACGUGCGGGAAUGGAAGAUUGUUCUCAUGAGGCUCUCAUGGGGAACACAGAAGAUAUAUUAAUCCUGCAGCUGGAGUUGGACAUACUUAAAUCAAUUCUUGCAGAAGAGAGGACAUCCCGUGGAGAGGUUCAGGAAAGAACUACCAUCUUAGGUGAUGAGCUGAAGGCGGCAAAUUUACGUAUCCUUCAUGCUUGCAAGCAGAGUGAUGCCAUAGGAAGCGAAUUGGAUGAUGCAAGAUCUGUUAUUGAAGCUCUUGAGUCACAGCAGAUUUUGUUGAUAAAUGAACUAGAUGAGUUGAAGGAGAAUAAUCAGCAAAGCAUUGAGAUUCUAAAGAGGAGGGACAGACAAAUUUCAAGAUUAAAUACUGAGCUUGACAACCACCGUAAGCAGAUUCUGUUGGCUAGUGCAGAGCCCAAAAUGCAUCUUUUGAAGCGUUCUGAAAAUGAAGAUUCACCUCUGCAGAGAAAGCUGAAAAGGAUGCAAGCUUCUCUUGAGAAGGCACAAGACUUAAAUAUAAGGUACCAAAAAGAUCAGGCAUCUGACAAAUUUGCCGAGCAAGAAAUGGAUGAAGUCUGUAGACAGGUUGAAGUUGAAACAACUGAGGUGAUUAUGUGCUUACAAGAAGAGCUUAUAUCACUCCAACAGCAAUUAGAUGGUAGUAACAAAAAUGAGUUACUCGCCAAACAGAGCCUAAAUGAUCUUCAACUGGAAAGAAAAGAGUUGAAUGAUAGGCUUCUUGGCAUGAUGAAGGAGAAGGAGUGCUUUUGUAAACUAACUGAGGAAAAAGAAAAGAAAAUUCAGCUGUUGACCAAUGACUGGGAGAGCUUACAGGAGGAGCUUGUGUUGCUCCAACAACAGUUAGAUGCUAGUAACAGAAAUGAGAUGUUGGUUAAACAAAGCCUAGAUGAGCUUCAACUGGAAAGGGAAGAGUUGAAUGGCAGGCUACUAGGCAUGAUGAAAGAGAAGGAGAGCUUUUCUACACUAACUGAGGAAAAAGAAAAGAAAAUUCAGCUGUUGACCACUGACUGGGAGAGCUUACAAGAAGAGCUUGUAUCGCUCCAACAACAUUUGGAUGCUAGUAACAAGAAUGAGCUGCUGGCCAAACAAAGCCUAGAUGAGCUUCAAGUGGAAAGGAAACAGUUGAAUGAUAGACUACUUAAGGAGAUGAAAGAAAAUGAAAGCUUUUGUCAACUAACUGAGGAAAAAGAACAGAAAAUUCAGGUCUUGACCAAUGACUGGGAGAGCUUGCAAGAAGAGCUUGUAUUGCUCCAACAACAGUUAGAUGCCAGUAACAAAAAUGAGCUGUUGGCCAAACAAAGCCUAGAUGAGCUUCAACUGGAAUGGAAACAGUUGAAUGAUAGGCUACUUGAGGCAAUGAAAGAAAACGAAAGCUUUUGUGAACUAACUGAGGAAAAAGAAAAGAAAAUUCAGAUGUUGACCAAUGACUGGGAGAGCUUACAGGAAGAGCUUCUAUCGCUCCAACAACAGUUAGAUGCCAGUAACAAAAAUGAGCAGUUGACCAAACAAAGCCUAGGUGAGCUUCAACUGGAAAGUAAACAGUUGAAUGAUAGGCUACUUGUGGUGAUGAAAGAAAACCAAAGCUUUUCUGAGCUAAUUGAGGAAAAAGAAAAGGAAAUUCAGCUCCUGACCCAUGACUGGGACAGAUUAGCUGCCGACAUUGAAAGCUUUCUUGUGAAUGGAAAUGCUUCUCUUGAUGAGGCCUCUGACCAGGUUGCCUUUAUUUCGGAGUCCUUUUCUCAAAGAAGAUGGGUUGAGGAUCAAGUCCAGAAGAUGUGUCAGGGUAUAGCUGACAGAGAGAAGUUACUUGAAGAGCUCCAAAGCCGGUUGAAAGAGGCAGAUGACAUAAAAUGCGACUUGGAUCUGAAGUUGAGAUCCUUAAGAGGAGCAAUGGAGGCAAUAAAUGAGAUGCAUCAACAGGAAAGGAAUGAUCAAGAGAAAUCAAUUGCUCUUUUAAGAUCUCAAGUAUCUGAACAUGUACAAGCGAAGCAACAGUUACUUGAAGAUCUUCGGAGAGUAGACCUUCUGUUGGAUGAAUCCAUUGCAACAUUUGUGCAGAAGGAGGUUCUUGAACAAAACUAUGUAUCAUCACUGAAGGGGAUGGAAGGAGAGAUCCAUCAUCUAGAGACUCAAUUAGACGACUCAAAGAAACUUAUAGCUCAUUCAUUGAGUCAGGCCAAGGACAAGGAGCAGACAUUUGAGAAGCUAAAAAGUGAAGAAAAUACUGUUUUGUUACGAAUGUCGUCAGAUGUUCUGAAGGCAAAGGGUAUUAUACGUGAGUUUGGAGUUGGAUUCAACAUGUUGGAGUCAAGGCUUUCUGUGGACCCUGAAGAAGUUUGUCAAAAUUCACACUUGAAUUUGGAGGACCGGGCUGAACUUAAAACAUUUGGAGCCCUUGAAGUGGGAGAGCAGUGCAACGCUGCGACCCUUUGCCAUCUUAGUAAGGAGAUGCAGUCUGCAGUUUAUGAAUUGCAGACAUUGCAAUCUCAAAUGGCCAAGCUGCUGCAAGAAAAGAAAAAUGUGAAAGAAGGCCUUUUCCAGAGUCGAGAAACUGUUAAAGAUCUAAGUUCCGAGGUCAUUCAACUGAAGUCACAAAUAACCGAUCAACAUAAGUGCUAUGAAGCUAGACUGAAAGAAUUGGAAAUAAAGAUGCAGGAAAAAAACGAUGAUGCUACAGCAUCACUUGUUUCAUGGCAUAAAGAGAAAGAGGCACUUGAAUUUGAGAUCUCAGAGGCAAAAGGUCUUGCACAGCAGAAAUCAUUUGAGGCUUUCACUCUUAUGGCCCAGUUUCAAGAAGCGCAUUUAACCAUAGCUGAUGCAGAGUCUACAGUCAAGGCACUGGUGGAAGCGAAUGGAAACGCAAAACUCCAAGCAGAGAAGUUCAAACAGAAGGAAUCUUUGUUUGUUACUGAAAAGGAUAAUUUGCUAGGGGAGAUCAGUAGUUUGAAGAUGCUGCUGGAUGUGAAGGAACAAAGUUACAUGGAUAUGGAAAAGAAAUUCGAAUCAGGCCUGCUUGAAGCUAAUGAUGUAGCUCUUGAACUGGAAGAUGGAAUCAGACACCUGAAGAAUUUGCUGUCAGAGAACCUUGAGUUUGUGUCUUCUGAUAUCAAAUGGAUGAGGUCAGAACUGCGGCAGUUCGUGGAGUUGGUAAGAACUUGGUUGGAGGAGAACUGGUUAGAGAUGAUUGGAAAAGAUUGUGCUGUUUCUGUGCUGCACCUCUGCCAUCUGGGGAUUUUGUUGGAGAGAGUUACUGGGUUGCAUGCAGAAAAUGGUUUCCUUCAGAGUGGAAUCUCUGAAUCUAAUUCGUUGAUAUCUACACUGCGAGAGCACAAUGAUAAAGCAAAGAGUGAACUGGAGAUGUGCAGUGUUCUCAAAGGAAAGUUACUACUCGACAUCAACCACAGUUUUGGUCGUAUUGCAAAGAAGGAACAAGAAGCAACUGAACUGAGCUCAAGAUUGCAUUCUUUCGAGAAAAAAAUUCUGCAUUUGCAAGCACAAGAAGAAGCAAUUCUGGCAAGGUCAGAUUCCAUGUAUAAUGAGAUAUCUAUUUUGACUGAAGAAAUUGAUGCUACCAACAGGAGUUCUUUGACAGCUCAAUCCAAAGAAAAGGAAGAGCUUCACAAUCAAUUGGACCAAGCUUUGCUUCUCAAUGGAAUGUUAAAAGACACAAUGCUUGAAGUUCUAAGUCUGCCUGAAGUGAAUAGUACUAUACCCGCAAAUGAUAUGAAAGAGUGCAAUGAAUUUGAGUUGUGCAGUUGGCUUGUAAACUAUCACCAUGAGUCAGUGAUGAUCAAUACAAUUGCAAAUGAUAUUGAAUCUGUUGUUUUGGCUUCAGAAUGGGAACUACAUAAAGGACAACUGCAAAGACAAAGGCUUAUUUUUACUGAAGUACUUGAAGAACUGAAGACAAAAGCAACUUUGUGGAAAGUUGAUCAGGAUUUGGGUAGUCUUGCAAUUCAUGCUUUACAUGAGGAGAACAGUAGUAUAAGGAUUGAUUUGAAGAACCUGAAGCAGAGCAAGGAUGAAGUUAUGGGUAGCCUACAUGCAAUAAGUGAGGAAAACCCAAAACUUAAAGAUGUAGUUAGCUCCUUGGAGUCCAACAUCAAAUCCCUGCAAGCAGAUUUAGAUGGAAAAGUCAAAACUCUGAUGGAAUCGCAGUGCUCCUGUGCAGCCUUGUGUAAAGAUCUUGAGUUGAAAGCUGAGAUAAUUGAACUCGGAAUUUCAAGAGAAAAUGCUUUGAGGUCCGAUAAUGAUUCACUGAAACAUGAAAUGCUGGAUAUUCUGCGCAAGGACCAGUGCAUGGUUCAUUUGGUUUCUAAUAUAGAUACAGAGAAGUUAUCUGCCUCCAUUCAAGCAUGUUUGGAACAAAUUACCACUAAACUACAAGAGUACAUUGAUGAACAAUUGAGCAUGGUGAUGAAGUUUUCCGAUGAAUUAGACUUGGUUCAGUUGUCUGUUGAGGAGUUGAGCACCCACAAUUCUGUUUUACAGUCUGAAUUAGCAAGGAAAGAUGAAUUGGCAAUGGGCUUGUCAUUUGAUCUUAGCCUACUACAAGAGUCGGCAUCUGUUGCAAAAGAUCAAGCAGAUCAACUUAUUGAGUUAAAUGAAACAAUUAAAUCACUAGAACAUGAGGUUGCUGCUAAAUCGGAUGACCUUGACAAUCUUUUUUCUGGAAAACAACUACUAGAAGCUCAAAUCAUGGAGGGCAAUGAAAAGAUCUCUGUGCUAGAGGUGCAGCUAGCAAAUACAGUUGGUGAACUAAAUGCACUUUCUGUCGAGAACAGUGAAUUGAGAUCUCAGCUCAACCAUAUUGAUCGUAUCAGCUACACUAUGAAAGAAGAGUUAGCCCUUAAAAGUAAUGACACUGAAAGAAUGGAAGAAAGGUUGAUUGAGCUGACAAAUUUACUUGAUGAAAGGAGCAUCUUGCUUCAAAAUUUGCAAAGUGACUUCUCCAAGCUUUCAAAUGAGAAGAAAUGCUGCGACUCUCAGGUGCUUAUCUUGAGAGAGAAGCUGGAAAUGGCUCAGGCAGUGGCGGAAGAAAGUGAAGCAAUUGCUACAGAGGCUCGAGAGAUAGCGGAUGAAAGGAAGACACAUGCUGAACAGAAAGAUGAAGAAGUCAAGCUGUUGGAGAGUUCAAUUGAGGAGCUCGAAAGUACCAUAUUUGCUCUGGAAAAUCAGGUUGGCAACAUCAAGGAAGAAGCGGAGCGGCAAAGAAUACAGAGAGAAGAUUUAGAAGUGGAGCUGCAGAAAGUCAGGCACCAAAUGCCAUCCACAUCAUCCUCUAGGAAAUUAAGGAGUUCUAUGGAAGAUGGAAUGGUUGAUUCAACUGACUCACUCAGAUACUCGAGUGAGAUUCAUACUGAGCUACUGGGUGCUCAGGAGAGUAUCAGAAUACUUAAAAAGGAGGUUGCUGAAAAGGAAUCAGAGAUUGCUCAGUGCAAGUCACAUAUAUCAGAGCUAAACCUACAUGCCGAGGCAGCAGCACGCGAAUAUAAGCAGAAGUUCAUGGAGCUUGAGGCUAUGGCACAGCAGGUCAAUACUGACAAUACAUCCACAAAUGCUUGCUCUGCGAGACCGGAGAAGAUUAGCUUGAAACCUAGAGGUUCAGGUUCCCCAUUUAAAUGUAUUGGCUUGGGGUUUGUACAACAAGUGAAUUCUGAGAAAGAUGAAGAACUUAGUGCCGCAAAACAGCGUAUUAUGGAACUUGAGGGCAUAGCAGCUAGUCGGCAACGGGAGAUAUUCAUGUUGAAUGCAAAAUUAGCUGCAACAGACAGUAUGACACACGAUGUGAUUCGUGAUAUGUUGGGAGUUAAGAUGAGUAUGACUACUUGGGCGACUCUAGCUGACAAACAGCAAAAGAUGAGUACAGAAGAAUCAGCUAUUUAUCAAACUGAAGAAUCUAAAGAUGAGCUGGUGAAGUUGAAGCAGCGGCUUAAUGAAUUCAUUGACGAAAGACAGAGUUGGAUUGAUGAGAUAAACCAGAGACAAUCAGAACUUGGAGCUGCUCGCAUUACUAUAGAACAAUUACGACAAAAGGAGCAUUUUAUGGUAGCUGAAGUAGACUUGCUGAAGGCUGAGAGUGCAAACUACAAAACCAUAAUUUUUAAUCUUGAAGAUGAAGUGAAAAAGCUUAAUAGACAACAGAAUCUUCAGCUGCGAAUUAAUCACCAUGUCAAAACAAAGGAAGAAAAUGUCCUGCUGAAAAAGCAGAAUGAAGAACUAAGUGCAAAGCUGCAGCAGCUAGGGGCCACUGUUACCCGCACAAAGCAAAAGCUUGCCCGCUACAUGGUCUUGGAUGGAAAAGAUCCACAUCAACAGAUCGAAGAGGAAGAGGUUUUGAGGAAGAAAUUAGAGGAAAGCGAACAGGAUAGAAGCAAACUCGCAGAAAACCUAUCGAGUUUGUGUACCAGUGUUCUGAAGGUAGCCAGAGUUAGAAAUCAUGAGUCCGAGGCGAGUCUUCUGAAAGCAAUGGAAGCCUUAAAUCAACUCCAAUGCUCCAUUUCCUCCUUGGAGAGCGAGGUUGAAGAUCUUAAAAUAAAAUCUCCGGAGCGACCCGUCCUCUGUGAGCUCCGGGGUGAAAAAGGGAUCCAGAUCGCCAAGUUUAUGCAGAUCUCCGAGCAUUUCAUCUUUCCGAUGAGUCGGUGAUGCUGAACAAGUGUACAUAAUACCAUAGUUUUUUGCUGGUUAGUCAUCAAGCUAACACCUACCUGCAGGUCGUAUGCAUCCCCUAGUACAGGUGAAGGGAGGAUGAGAAUCUGGCAAUCACGAUUGCUGCUGUUGUAAUCUCUUAAUCUACUGCUGAACGAUGCACCAUUUAAUUAAUGAAAUCCAGUGCAAUCAUUCUUUA